UCCAGCACUAUGGCAUCUCCCGGGAGAACAUCACCUUGGGCAGGAUCCUGGGGGAAGGUUUCUUCGGAGAGGUCUACGAGGGGAUCUACACCACCCCGAAAGGGGAGCGGGUCAACGUGGCUGUGAAGACCUGCAAGAAGGAUUGCAGCCCGGAGAACAAGGACAAGUUCCUGAGCGAAGCGGUGCUGAUGAAGAAGCUGGACCACCCCCAUAUCGUGAAGCUCAUCGGCAUCGCGGAAGAGGAACCCACCUGGAUCAUCAUGGAGCUCUAUCCCUAUGGAGAGCUGGGGCAGUACCUGGAGCAGAACAAGCUCUGCCUCGCCGUGCCCACGCUCAUCCUCUACGCGCUGCAGAUCAGCAAAGCCCUCGCCUACCUGGAGGCCAUCAACUGCGUGCACAGGGAUAUUGCCGUGAGGAACAUCCUGGUGGCUUCCCCAGAGUGUGUGAAGCUGGGCGACUUCGGCCUCUCCAGGUACAUCGAGGAUGAGGAGUACUACAAAGCCUCCGUCACCCGUCUCCCCAUCAAGUGGAUGUCACCUGAGUCCAUCAACUUCCGACGCUUCACGACAGCCAGCGAUGUCUGGAUGUUCGCCGUGUGCAUGUGGGAGAUCCUGAGCUAUGGCAAACAGCCCUUCUUCUGGCUGGAAAACAAGGAUGUGAUUGGGGUGUUGGAGAGGGGCGACCGCCUGCCCAAGCCCGACCUGUGCCCACCCAUCCUCUACACCCUCAUGACGCGCUGCUGGGACUACGACCCCAGCGAAAGGCCCAAGUUCAAGGACCUGGUUUGCAGCUUGAGUGACAUUUACCUGAUGGAGAAGGAGUUGGCCAAGGAGCAGGAGAGGAACAACCGCCACCGGCCUCCCAAAAUCAUGGAACCACCAUCCUUCCAGGAGCCACCUCCGAAGCCCAGCAGACCCAGGUACAAGGCACCUCCCCAGAGCAACCUCCUGGCUCCCAAGCUGCAGUUCCAGGUGCCCGAGGGUCUGUGUGCCAGCUCACCCACGCUCACCAGCCCCAUCGAGUACCAGUCUCCGGCCAACUCCCUGCACACCCCGCCGCUCAACCGCCACAACGUCUUCAAGCGCCACAGCAUGAGGGAGGAAGAUUUCCUCCGUCCCAGCAGCAGGGAGGAGGCACAGAAACUCUGGGAAAUGGAGAGGCUCAAGAUGCGGCGGGCGGACAAGCAGCAGAAGGAGAGGGUGGAGGACUACCAGUGGCUGCGGCAGGAGGAGAAGUCCCUGGACCCGACAGUGUUUAUGAACAACAACACUCCUCCGCUGCUCCCGGAGAAGGAAACGGAUUACACAGAGUUCACGGGCCCCCCUCAGAAGCCUCCAAGACUUGGGGCACAGUCCAUCCACCCAGCCCCCACCGCCAACCUGGACCGCACGGAUGACACGGUGUACAGCAACGUCAUGGACCUGGUGCGGGCUGUGCUGCAGCUGAAGAACGAGAUCAGCCUCCUGCCCCCAGAGGGGUACAUCCUUGUGGUGAAGAAUGUGGGCUUGUCCCUACGGAAGCUGAUCGGCAGCGUCGACGAGAUCCUGCCUGUCCUGCCCGCUGCCUCUCGCACUGAGAUCGAGGGGACCCAGAAGCUGCUCAACAAGGACUUGGCCGACCUCAUCAACAAGAUGCGCCUGGCACAGCAGAACGCCGUCACCUCGCUGAGCGAGGAGUGCAAGCGGCAGAUGCUGACGGCUUCCCACACCCUGGCCGUGGAUGCCAAGAACCUCCUGGAUGCCGUGGACCAAGCCAAGGUCCAGGCCAACCUGGUGAAGCUGUGCUUGGAGUGA